AUGGCCGCUAGGGCAGAACCGCUAUCUAUUGAGUCUCUACUCCAGAAGCAGAAGGAGGAGAAGGAGGCUGCUGCAAAGCCUAGAUUCCUCACUAAGGAACAGCGCGCGCAGAUCGCGAUACAGAAACGCGCACAGGAGAUAAGGGAGCAAAAGGAAAAGGAGGAGUUCACAAAGCGCGACAGGGACGCCCUCGAGCGGGAGGCGGAGGAGGUCCGGCAGCGAGACAGGGAACGAGAGCGUUCGUCGCGGUAUGGCCACGACGGGGGCGGUCGCAAUGAUGACCGAUAUGGGCGAGACAACAGGGAUAAUAGGGAUAGCAGGGACGGGGGUCGGUACGGGCGCGGCAGGGGACGGGGCGGGGGUCGUGACAGAGACCAUGGCCAUGACAGAAGACAACAACACGACGACCGCCGCGAUAACCAGCACCAAGGUGCCUCCCACCAAGGUGCCGCGUACCAAGGCGUACCCACCGGACCCCGCGCAGAACGCGGGAAGGCGCCGCCGACUGGGCCUGCCUCUUCGUCCGCGACACCGUCUUCUUCCAUGGGCCCUCCUCCUGUUCCCUCAACUUCGGCGAACGGUGCGACACACACCACCCGUAUCAUGGAAGACUCCGAGCCCUAUGCGCCUCCUAUGAACGAGGACGACCUAACGGCGAUCCGUUCGCGGUACCUCGGCGUGGACAAGAAGAAACGGAGAAUUCGCAAGAUGAACGACCGCAAGUUCGUAUUCGACUGGGACGAGCAGGACGACACUUACAAUGCGGAGACACCCGGAGCUAUCGGCAGCCAGCGCCAGGGCGGCGGGGUGAUGUUCGGACGCGGACACAUUGCGGGCAUGGAUGACGGCGGGGGCACUAUCGUGCCCGGGAGGAAAGGCGGUGAUGGAAUGGUGCUCGCGGAUCCUCUGGAGAGGCGACGGGCUGCGAAGACCGGCAUUGAUGAGCGGCACUGGUCGGAGAAGUCGCUGGACGAGAUGAAGGAGCGUGACUGGCGUAUCUUCCGCGAGGACUUCAGCAUCGCGGCGAGAGGUGGCCAAAUUCCUCACCCUCUCCGUUCAUGGAGAGAAUCCGCCAUCCCAGUUGAAAUCCUUGACAUUGUCGACCAGAUUGGGUACAAAGAGCCGUCAGCCAUUCAGCGACAAGCUAUCCCGAUUGGUCUGCAGAAUCGAGACAUUAUUGGUAUCGCUGAGACUGGUUCCGGUAAGACGGCUGCCUUCGUCAUCCCGAUGUUGGCAUUCAUCUCGAAGCUGCCGGUCUUCAAUGACGACAACAGACAUCUCGGUCCAUAUGCGCUCAUCAUGGCCCCCACGCGUGAAUUGGCACAGCAGAUCGAGUCGGAGACCAAGAAGUUCGCUGGUCCACUAGGCUUCACUUGUGUGUCCAUUGUCGGAGGUCGUUCGGUGGAAGAGCAACAGUUCAACCUGCGGUCUGGUGCCGAAAUCAUCAUCGCCACCCCCGGUCGUCUCAAGGAUGUCAUCGAGCGUCAUGUCAUCGUCCUCUCGCAGUGCCGAUACAUCGUCAUGGACGAAGCCGACCGCAUGGUCAACCUCGGUUUCGAGGUCGAUCUCACAUUUAUUCUGGACAAGUUGCCAUCCGACACUAUGGAAGGUGAAGACCAGGGUUCACAAAUGGAUGUUGACGGCGAGACCAUGGUCAGGAAGGGCCGUACGCGUGUUACCACGCUGUUCUCCGCGACUAUGCCCCCGCCGGUCGAGCGCCUGACGAAGAAAUACCUGAAGAAGCCCGCUAUUAUCACCAUCGGUGAGGCCGGCCGUGCGGUGGAUACCGUCGAGCAGAAGGUCGAGUUCGUCCACGGAGACGAGAAGAAGAAGCAGCGCAUGCUCGAGAUUCUCAACAGCAACCAGUACGGUGCGCCGAUCAUCGUGUUCGUCAACCAGAAGAAGACGGCAGACAUGGUCGCGAAAGACCUCCACCGUGCGGGCUGGAGUGCGGCAACGUUGCACUCUGGCAAGAACCAGGAACAGCGAGAAGCCGCGCUGCAAUCCCUGCGGACGGGCGACUCGGAUAUCCUGGUCGCUACCGACCUUGCUGGUCGUGGUAUCGAUGUUCAGGACGUCAGUCUGGUCAUCAACUACCAGAUGGCCAACACGAUCGAGGCAUACGUCCAUCGUAUCGGUCGUACUGGUCGUGCAGGAAAGCAAGGAACAGCAAUCACCUUCCUCAACAACGACGACGACGAAGUCAUGUACGAUCUCAAACAAGAAAUCUCCAAGAGCCCGGUGUCCAAGGUACCCGCCGAGCUUGCGAGGCACGAGAGCGCGCAGCACAAGGUCUCGAGAGAGAUGAAGAGGAAGAGGGACGCGGACGACCUGGGCUGAUCCUCGUCCGGUACGGUUCACGCGAUCCUUGGUGUGCGCUUGGUGCGUCUUGGGUGCGUCUUAUCGUCGCGAACACACAGUCGAUGUACCAUAGCCACACUGCAUGUGUUUACGCGCGAACGUGCGUUCAUGAGCGAGUGCUCGUCCGAUCGCG